GGCCAGGAGAUCUUAAAAUACCAUGUUAUAAAGCUGCAUUACAGAGCGUAUCGGAAUUAUUUAAAAUUCUGUUGACGAAGAGCCUGAUCGUAAAUCAUAUAUAUAGUGCUAAAUAAUAUUGCACAUGAUUUUAAACCAUUGCCUAUUUUCUCAAUAUCUCCAAGAUAUGUUUUAGAGGCUAUAUUGUGGGAUUAUCUGAUAUUACAGUUUAUUUCCUGGGUUGUCCCCCGCUGGUUCCUUGGCACUCACCUCUAUGAAACACGGUCUGUGUAAAGACAACGCAAUCAGGUCCGACUUUCAAGUUGUUGGAGAAAUUCUCUGUCGUCUGGCUAUCGGGGACCCCGACACAUUACUGUAACGUAAUUAUUUUCGGGUUUUGCUCACGUUUGCUGAGUCCAAGACAAACAUAUCACCUUCUACUCUGCUCUUCAAUGUAGCUGUUACACAUGCAAUAGCAGACCCGCUCGCAAGAUCGAGGUUAAGUGCGGGAUUAAAUCUAUUUUUCUGAAAACCAUUUUAACUUAAAUUCAGUUUCGUCUGCAUUCAGUCACACAUUUAUUCGAGGAAUAAGGAACAUUGAAUGUUCCUUAUUCUUAAACUGUUUGUUUUUGACAUUUAUUUUAUUUCUCUUACAAAAAGAAAUAAAUUAGAAGGUGCUGAUAGUUUCAGUAAAUGCAGAACUUAAUAUCAGGAAGCCAGUCUACAACGGUAUUUAUUGAUGUCAUCGUCCUGUGAAUGAGUCAUGCUAACAGCAAAUCAGAAUAUUAAUUAUUAGUGCAAUUUCCAUAAAGAAUAUAAUUUAAUUUGUGUAUUCCAACGUGAAUCUCAAAUAAAAAGACCCACUCCGUUUUUACUUUUAUGCCCAAUUAAAUUUGCAAUUGAGAUGCUGUAAUUUCAUACAUAUCCAGAUGUUUUUUGUUGUUGUUUAUGUAAAUCACAUUGGAUUUUAAUAUAAAGGACGGGUCUUUGAAAAUGAAUUAUUCCAACAAACCGGCCGUAAUUGUCUUUGCAUAUUAAAUGGGAGCUACUGCUCUUCCAUGUAUUUUCAACUACCCUAUUUAGCAAUGUAAAUAUAAUGCACAGAUCAACACAGGUUGUAUUAUAGGAGAACCAGCUACACGCAUUGGACGCAUUGUCAUGAUUUAUUUUUUUUUACUGGCGAGGCUGCAUGUGUGGAUGAUCUGAGAAAUUAACACUUUUAACAAUUUUAGCCAUAUCAGCCAAAACACAUAAACUCAGCGCCGCGGGUAAUAACAUCGCCCCCCAUUGAAAUAAGGCCGAGGCUGUAAACAAACAGCCGGCGUCCUGUAACUUAUCCACGCCCAUGGUAAGAAUCAAGUUCAUUCACAAAUUCACCGUCAGCUGCGUCCCAUUGUACUCGCUGGCCAAUGGGGACGCGGAUCGUUUACAUGCCGGCCUUUCGCACCAAUUGAUUAAGCAACGCCGAGUAAUUCAUGGCUUAAGUUUUCCGAGCGUGCUGGGUAGCGUGUUCACUGCAAUGGAUUAAACUGAUGAUCAUCUCACACCGAGUCGAUAACUGCUCGUAUUUUUUCCCCACAACUGCGUUUUGUCAAGACGGGAUAGGUGACAAGGCAGGUUCUGGACUGAUUUUGACGCCUCUGAAGGUCUUUUUUCCAAUUACGGAAUCCGGAGCCAAUUUAGCACGCAAGUUAUAUUAAUUGCGCGUCGCUUGCUCUUCGCGGGUUUUAAUUCUAGCACGCUGAUGGAGUAGUUGACACCCAUAACCGACUGGUUUUUAGCAGUUUUUAGUAGUUUGAGAGCUUUUGUUCUGAAUUUUAUCAUGUCAGAUCGGUCACAGAGUCCUAACUCGGAAUGCACAAAUCGGUCGUAUGAGCCCGGCAGGGCCAUGUACCCCCAGGUCUUGGGGCAGGAAGGGCUCGGUGGCGCCGCCCUACAGUUUUCUCAUGGUAUGCUGCAGGACCCAAGCAUACUGUUCAACAAGGCGUCGUACAAUGGGAUAACGCCACCGCAAGCAUUUUUUCCCUUUUCGGCUGUCGGGGGCGAAUACAGGCAUUCGGAGGUGCAGGCGGCCGACCUGGGCCAACCCAGGCCUUGGUACCCCUUCGCCCCGCCGGAGUACACGGGCCAGGUAGCUGGAGCCACCAAUGCCACUCAGCCCGCAAACUUAAGUCCUCCGAUCGCCGAGACGAGGGAGCAGAUAAAAAUGCCCGAAAUAAAAACUGAGAAGGAAAUCGGGGAGUACGGGACCGAGACGAAGGUCCAGCCCCAGUUUUACCCUUCAUCAGCCUCCACCGUGGCCCCUGGUAUGUAUUAUUCCACUGCCUGGAACCCGUCUUUCUGGCCUGGCCUGACUCACAUCGCGGCUGCUAGUAACUCGGCUCCCGCCGCCGCACCCGCAUCAUCUUCGCCCUCCCUCUCGCCAUCGCCCACCGACACCAGCUAUGCCGGGGCUGGCUUUUACGGUGGGGGGUCUACCCAAGCCAUGCCCACUCCUCCGCUUCCGAGCUCCAACGCGCGUAGCAGCGGUUCUUCGAGCGGCGGGUGCAGUGAUUCCGAGGAAGAGGAGAACCUCUCCACGGAGGAGCUGGAGCAGUUUGCUAAGGAGCUGAAGCAUAAGCGCAUCACGCUGGGCUUCACCCAGGCGGACGUGGGCCUGGCCCUUGGGAACCUCUACGGGAAGAUGUUCAGCCAAACCACAAUCUGUCGCUUCGAGGCCUUGCAACUGAGCUUCAAAAACAUGUGCAAGCUGAAACCUCUGCUGCAGAGGUGGCUAAACGAGGCAGAGGCAUCGGACAACCCCCAGGAUAUGUACAAAAUUGAGCGCGUGUUCGUGGACACGAGGAAGCGGAAGAGGCGGACCAGCCUGGAGGGCACCGUACGCAGUGCGCUCGAGUCCUACUUCAUCAAGUGUCCCAAGCCCAACACGCAGGAGAUCACGCACAUCUCUGACGAUCUGGGUCUGGAGAGAGACGUGGUGCGCGUCUGGUUCUGCAAUCGCCGGCAGAAGGGGAAACGACUGGCGUUGCCCUUCGAUGAUGAGUGUGCUGAAGGCCAGUACUUCGAGCAGAGCGUGCAGGUGCCCCACAUGGGGGGCACGGCCCUCCCCGGCCAGGGUUACCCCGGACCAACCCAUCCUGGUGCCCCUGCCCUUUACAUGCCCCCCCUUCACAGAUCAGAGGUUUUUAAACAGGCUUUGCACCCAGGACUGGUGAGUCAUCUAACCAGUUAAGCUCCACCCCCGACUCAUGCCCCACAUGUAACGAGGACUUUGCCGUUGUUCCUUUUCCUGCUUGUGGGUGUGACCGCUUGGACAUGAAGGCCCAUCCAUCACUUGAGGACUCUGGGUGUAGUGUUAAUUCCUGUUAGUCAGAAUCUAAAGCUGUAUGGACUCUGAUGUGCAGGCUGCCAAUACCUACAGUUCACCCCCCCCCCCUUUUUUGCACAUUAGCUAGUGGGUUUUCUCAGAAGUGAGCUGCUGCUUAAGAACUUUUAUUUCCUGGCAGGCCAUACUGUGUUCUCAUCUGCUUUCUACUUCUGGGGAGGGGGGCAACUUGCAAUAUCUAAACAAUGAUGGGUCAGGGUACUUGUUUGAAAUUCAGACUUUUACUCCUGGUAAAUGCCUUUUGAGUAAGUAAUUUCAUUAAAGCUGUGUAUAUAUUUUCCCCAUUCAUGAAGUUCUGUACUGUUAAGUGGUGUGUGUAUGUAUAUGCUAAGAUUUGAUGGUGAUUCACUUUGUAUCAGUUAGGUUUAGUCAUUCAAAGAAACAAAGUGGCCAAACUUUCUCACAGGUGCUUAACAGUUUGUCAUUCAACUGACCCUGUUGGUAGCCAGACCUCUGAGCUUUGCUUAAAGCCUCAAACAUUGUGCCUUUAUCUUCUGUGCUUCCUGUCUGGAGAUGCAGGUUGAAUUUAGCCCUUGACCAAAACCCUUUUUUUAAUCUUGUUUUGUGCUGCAGCGUCACCUUUUAAAGUUUGUGUCUUUGGCGACAGGCCCUGAGGCCUGGUUCUUGAUUGUCUCCAUUAAAAGUAUAUGUGAAUUCCA